GUGGUUGAGCUGUUUUGGUAGAACGGUGCUCUCUAAUAGGCUGUUAGAUCUCUCCUUUUUAAACGUGUUUGAUUUCAUGAAUGUACCAAAGCAUUAGCCAAUGGGUUUGGAUGUUUACGAAGUUUAGAAAUAUAUUUCUUUCUGCUGUCCUCUAUCUCCUUUUUACCAUAGGAAUAUCAAGAUCUUUAUGGAUAUUUUCGUUACGCAUGUACCAUGGUGAACCCAUGAUUGUUCUAAGCGUUUUAGAUUGGAAUCUCUGAAUUAUAUCAAUGUUGGUUGCACAGGUCGUACCUCACAGUUGAAUACCAUACAUCCAAAUCGGUUUUAUGAUUGCAUUGUAUAACAGGACUUUGUUGUCUAGUGGAUGUCAAUACGUUAUUAGCUGUUGGAAUGUCUGCAGUAUAUAUUAUGUACAGAGUUUGGCUUAAUACACUGCCCUGAGGUACACCAGCCGUUAUUGCUCGUUCUUCUGAUAUGAAAUCUGCUACUUUAACUGUGAACUUCCUGUUUCUUAAAUAUGACUCCAAAGUCUUAUGCAAUUCGUAAGGUAAAGUGGUUUUGAUUUUCCAUAAGAGGCCUUCAUGCCAGACCUUAUCGAACGUCUGAGAUACAUCUAGAAAAAUGGCUAAACAGCACUCUGUGCUCGAAUGAUUUCCUGAUUUCGUUUACCUAUCAUAAUGAUCUGCGACUUUUUCCACGAAAUUGGAUAGUACCCGAAACCAAGAAUUGCAUUAAAGAGCAAGGAGAGCACUGUUAUAGCAAUAUUUGGUAACUCAAUUAACAUUUUUGGAGUAAUAUUAUCGUGUCCUGACGCCUUUUUCGGACUUAGCUCUUUUAUUAUCCUAGUAAUUUCAGAAGUAGAAGUCCUAAUAGUUGACACAUUAGCGGUAUAGGACAAAGUUGGCAACUUAAAAUUGUUCUUUGGGCAAUUAUAUUGAAAUACCUUUUCUAGGUGAUUUGCAAAGCAAUUUGCUUUUUCCUCAUUGCUUCGAGCCCAAUUACCAUUUGACUGUCUUAUAGGCAUGUUGGACUCUACUGGUGGCUUAAAAGACUUUUGGGCUUUCCAAAGAGAGUUUUGCUUGUAGAAUUUGGACACAGUUUCUUUAUAUAAUUUUCAGUGCUGUAUUCUUCCUCGCGUAUAUGGGCUUUUUUAACUUGCGUACAGCAGAUUUCAGUUGAAGCUGAGUAGAAGGAGAGCGAUAUAUCUGCCAUUCGCGUCUAGCUCGCCUUUUUUCGUUCACAAGCUUUUCUUUUUCAUUAUUAGUGAUUUUUCUAAAAACCUUAUGCCCGGUUUCACAGUUCGUACUUAAGUUGUGCCCAAAUAAAAUCUUAGCUAAGCAUUGUUAUUGACUGAGUAGUCAUUUGUGUUUCCCAGCCGAUGCUAAUUUUAUAUAAAAUUACAUUAUGAUAUAUGGCAUCACAAUUAAAAACAUUCGUUUACAAAUGCCAUCUGUACAUAUACAUAUGUUCGAGUAAUUGAAAUUAUUGUUGAUGAAAAACAAAUCUGCGAAAAUUAAUUUAUUUGAAUUUUGGAAAUAAAUGGAAACAAUAAGAGGUCACCGAAUUUCACCGCAAGCGAGUGGGGCACCUAUUGCAACUCGCAGGAAAGCAUAUAACCGUCAUCGAAUGCAAGAAAUUCCAAAAAAAAUUUCAGCAAAUAACUUUUAUUUUAUUUUUUUUUGACAAAUAAAUCAAUAUUCAAAACAAAAAUCAGCUGUUACUUAAGCACUGCUUAAGCCUCCCAUUUUCAGUACUUAAGCGAAACUUAAGUAUGAACUGUAAAACGCAAUAUUUCUGUUUUAUCUUAAGCACAACCUAAGCACUGACUGUGACACCGGGCAUUAAUGUUUCUUUUUGGUGUUGCCAAGACAGCUGCAUUAGUUACUACAUCUUUAAAUUCUUCUAUACUGUUAUCAAUAUCUCUUCCUGUAUUUAUUUUUAAAUCAAUGUUAAUGUGGCUACUGAUAUAUUUUCUAUAUUUCAACCAGUUUGUUUUAUGAGUUGUUAGAGAAACUUUCGGCUCAACUAUCAUGGGCUGUUCGCAUAACUUUAUUAGCACAGGAGAAUGAUCAGAAGAUAAGUCAGUACUUGUAUCUACGGUUAUUAGCGAUCUAUAUAUAUUUUUGACUACAGCAAAAUCUAUUAACUCUGGUAUUUUGUUUCUAUCACUGGGCCAGUAUGUCGGCUUACCAGGAGAUAUUAUAUCAAGGUAAUUAUGCUUAUUAAUAAAACGUGAGCCUCAGUACAUGUGUUUUGCAUUGUAUUCUCCACGUGCUAGAAAUAUUGGACCUAGCGUUCCAAAAAAGUGUUUAAAUUCGCAAUCUGUAAUUUUACAGCGAGUAGGACAAUAUAUAGUCGUUAGAUUGACAGCUCUAUUCUUUGUGAUGAUUACCUUAUGCUGGAGAAAAUUCAAAAGCUUAAAUGCUCACAAUUUUCUCAAAUAUCUGCGACGUGUGAAAGCAGCCAUCACAAUUCAAAAAUAUUUGUGUUUGUUUUGGUUUUUAGCAAUAUUUGGAAACAAAUGUGUAAAUAUUUGCGUGCUAUAACGAUCAUGGAGGAAUUGUUCUUUGUGUGUGCGGCUAUUAUUGAGGAGCAGGGGGAAUCAGUGAGUAGGAGGAAAAUUUUGAAGAGUUUGCGAGACACAAGCGAUCCUUUUACCAUGCAAGACACAUCAUUUAUAAAUACAUUUCGAUUUCCAAAAUCGCUAUGUAAAGUUCUUAUAGAUGAAUUAGUGCCGCAUGAUGUGCAGAAGUCGAAUAUUCCUUUUACUCUGCGAUUCCUGGCGUGCUUGUACUUUUACGGGCAUGGCUCUUACCAAAAAUGCGUUGGGAAUAGUUAUAUACUUUCUAUGAGCCAGUCCUCUGUGUCUAGAGCUCUACAUUUUGUAUCUAAAAUAAUUGUGGAUGUUAAGGGCUGUGAAAUUUAUUUCCCUUCAAGCGCGCAGGAUGUUUCAGAUACAAAGAGAGGAUUUUACAUGAAAUUUGGGAUCAAGGGCACAAUCGGCGCAAUCGAUUGUACUCAUAUUGGAAUUGUUUCACCCCCGAGCACAGACGCCGCCACUCCACUCUCACUUUUUAUGAAUCGGAAAGGAUUUUACAGCCUUAAUGUAGAAGCAGUUUGUGAUCAUCGACUACUGUUCACCGCUGUCAACAUGAGAUAUCCCGGGUCUGAUUCUGGUAUUUGGACUACAUCCCCAACACAUCUGCACCUCAUAAGUACCUAUAACAUACAAAGUGAUUCGUGGUUGUUAGGUGACCAAGGAUAUCCAUUAGAGCCAUGGCUGUUAACGCCAGUCGCUGAACCUGUAAAUGCAAGGGAAGUGCGUUACAAUAAGUUACACGCCAAAGCACGCAAUACCAUUGAGAGAGCCUUUGGUGUAUUGAAGUCACGAUUCCGAUGCCUCUCAAAACACCGCAUUCUUCAUUAUAGCCCUGAAAAAGCGGCUAUGAUUAUUUACGCAUGUACCAUUCUUCACAACAUUUUACUGAAGCAUGGCGUGGCUGCUGACCUUGGUUUCGAAGAAGUUUUAGAAGAAUCACAAGACAUUGACGAAAUUGUUAUCGAAAACCCCAAUUUUAGGGAGGGUGCUAGAGUUAGAGAAUGCCAUAUCAUGUCUUUAUAAUAUACAUAUAUCCACAGGCGUUAUGUACUAUAAAUAUAAGUAUUUAUUUUGUUUAUUACUCUUAACAUGUUACUUACUGUCUUUGUACAUUUC